UCUGCCACGUUCCUUCCCCAAAUCACUGAGCAUGUGGAUAAUAUCUCUAACAGUGUUCGUGUAAGGUGAAAUGGAGUGGUUGUGUCCUGGUACAAGUUGUUUUCUUGAGUUAAUUACACAAUAACUGAUGAGAUGCUUUUUUGUGGGUAAGUUCUCUAUUGCUGGUUUCUGUCUAGUUUGUCUGCAAGUUUUGAAAGAGUCCACUAGAGGGCAAAUGAACUGCUGUAUGUGGAUUUGCAAUCCAUUAUGGGAUGGAAUAUGGUUCUGUUCACUCUAAAACCUGUAUGAUUAUUUGUCAUUACAUGUCAACAUUAAGCUGAAGCUUAAUUUAUAUUGUGAAGCUUGAUAGAUAUGUAUUAUAAUUUUUUUAAUCUGGUAUUUUGUCUUAAGUUAUUUUAUUUAAGGUCUUACGGUACAGAGGACCAUGGUGCUAGCUUUCUGAAAAGGCUCUUGGUGCUAUACCAGGAGGCUUCCAAUAAACAAACACACACAAACUGAGUAAAACCAUGGGCAUAUAAGCAGAGCUGAGUGCCGAGUUGGAGAGCUACACUGUUGUGUUGUGAAAAGUUGCUAAGCAACCAUCUAAGAAUAAGGCUGGAGAGUGAAGUGGGGUGUUCAGCUUAGAGAUCUAGGGAGAGGUGAAACAGAAAGGGUGAGCAUUAGCGCAAGAAAGAGAGGAGAGGGGGGGAAAAAGAAUGUAACCGCAGAAUCAUCGGUGUGAUCUUCACAGCCAAACGGAGAGGAGCCCUUCAUCUCACUAGCCAAGAGUCAAACAGCGAAUUGGGUGGUCGUAAUCCUCCUGCAGCCAAACCCUGCGACCUGCAGUUCCUCCCCUAGUGAGGCCUGUCAGGGGGGGAGCAUGUCUGACAUGUGGUCUCUGGAGAGGAUGCUGAACCGGACCACUCUCUCCACACAGAGGCUGCUCCACACACACAUCCUGGGUGUGGGACAGCAGUUUCUUCCUCCCAAGUCUUCCUCCACAAGCCCCAGCCAAGCCCCAGGGCUGGCCUCUCUCGCCCCCCAGUUGGAGAAGCCUGAUGUGGGGGCCACACAGAGAGAGUAUCCCUGGAUGGAAGAAAUUCUGGAAAAGGCUGAGAAGGAUAAAGGGAGUGCCCUGAAACAACAGGGGGAGCGUCUGCAGGUGCACUUCAAAGAGGCCGUGCUGGCGAGGGAGAGGCUGGAGGCCGAGUGGAGGCAGGGCGAGCGGGUAGCGCAGCAGGCCGUGUUUGCGGAGCGCCUCGUGGGGCUGCGGGAGGAGAUGGAGAGAGAGAUGAGACUGGCGGUGAUUGAGAUGUGUGGGAGGAUGAGGGCCAAGAUGCAGGGAGAGGCGGAAGAGGAGAGACUGAGAGAGGCAGAGGCCGUGGAGGCUAAAAUACAGGAGGAGAGAGAGAGGAGUGUUAGGGAGACGGAGCUACGAGUCCAACGGCAGUGUGAACAAGAGGCUCAGGAGGACCGAGAGGCUCUCCAGGAAAGACAUGCAGUGGAACUUUGCCGAAUGCAGACCAGGCAGUGGCAGCUGGAGCAGACUUUGUCCCGGGUCACAGGGGAGAAGAUGCGAUACGAAACAGAGUUUAAGAGAUUACAGUGUAGCUACAGACAGUUUGUGGAUCUGACCGAGUCCUCCCUCCACUCUGACUACCUGUUGAAGCUCCGUCACCUUGGUCGAGAGCCUGGAUACACUGAUGUGGGCGUUCAAACGGAUGAUGUCAUCAACGAGGGACACCUUCCCGGAUCAACUCAGUGAUGCAUCUUCCUGCUGCUCGAGGCAGGGGUACUGAGACACGUGCCUUUUGGAUCAGCUAAUUGUUUGCAAUCUUGAUCUGAACUAUUAGCUGUUAAAGUGUAACUCUGAUCUUAGAUCAGCACACAGGAACAUUAUCUGUCACCUUGGGCGUUCCAGUGGAGCUCCCAAAUGCCUCUGCUCUGUCAUCAGGAAUGUGUCCAUAUAGGGAAUGAAAAUUAUGCCACAAUGUAUUUAGAAAUAAAUCAGAUUUUCAAUUGAA